UCUUUAAAGGCUGUAGACUCGUUUUAGUGCCGAUGAGAAUUCUAUCGAUAAUUCUUUUGAUUUAUCUCCAAAGUUGUGUGGAUUGCAGCAAAAAUGAUGAAUUCAUCACAUAUUUUUCCCCCAAUUCCGUGUUUGACAAGCAAGACCACAACGUGUUUGUUGUCACAAAAAAUAUUCAAAAGCCGACGGAGAUUGGAGUUCAGUUUCGUAAAGUCAACGUAACCGUUCAUGCACAUGCUGAUGGCGUUCUAAAAGUUAAAUUCAAAAAGAAAAAUUCGAGUGGAAUGAAGAUUUUUGGGGAAGUGAUUUACACAGCAUUAAGGAAUGACACAUCAAAAAGUCAAUCGCAAUGCUCGACACAUGUCACGAAUAUUACUUUUGUUAAGGAUACAUUUUAUACAUUUAUUCAGCUUGAUAAGCCUGUGUAUGCACCAGGACAUAAAGUAAAGUUCCGUAUUAUUGUCAUAGAUCGGGACUUGCGGCCAUUCCAUAUGAACAUGAUUAACAUUAAGAUUGCUGAUCCAUUUAAUCGAACUAUUCAGGAAAUUGAGGAUUUGGAUGUAAUGUAUAAUGGAAUAUUCAGCGCAAACUUUACUCUUGGUGAUUAUACUCCCUUAGGAGAUUGGACUCUUAGUGCUGUUGUCGAUAAGCAGGAAUUCCGAAAAGUAUCAAAAAUAAUUCCAGUUCAAAAGUAUGUUUUGCCAUUAUUUACAGUCAAUGUUGUUCCUGUAAGUCGACAUCUUUUGGAUAGUCAAAAGCUACAGCUGGCUAUAUUUGCUAAGUAUCCUUAUGGUGAUUAUGUCACUGGCAACGUUGGAAUAUCAAUCAAGCGUGUUGCUGAUAACGUCAUCAUUAAAACUGGUAGCUUUAACAACAUUAGGGACACUUUAUCCGUCUCAUAUCACAUCAAAGAUGAUUUAAAGCUUACAAUCACUAACAAGACAGACUUUGAAGCUGUUGUUCUAUUCACAGAAGCUGCAAGUGGAAGUACAGAAAAUAAAACAAUCAAAUUUUCAGUUUACAAUGACAGAUCACAUCAAAUUCGGGUCAUUCAUCCAACAAAUUAUCUUCUCGGUCUUCCUUACAAUGUUCGAGUCUAUCCUUACAAUUGGAAAAAUGAAUCCAUUGACCGUCAUUACGAAAAAGUGUCAAUGAACUUUAUUUACACAUUUUCCGAUGGAACUGGUUCCAUUGAAUCAAAGGAGUAUCCAAUUAUUAAUGGAGUCGCCAUUUUUAGAGCUGUUAUAUCAAAUGUGACAAAAUCUUUAACCAUUGAAGCUAAAUUCAUUGACAGUAAGAUAUACAGGUCUGAAAUACAACCAGGAUCAAAUUAUUUGAAGGCUAAAGAAUUAAUUGUUGACUAUACACCGGCCUAUUAUAAUUCGAGUAAUAUAUUGUUACCCAAACUAGGCGACAUCAUAACCAUUCAUGUAGGAAGUAUUACAGAAAUUGAUGAACUUAUUGUUGUAGUUAUGACAAGACAUGGAAACAUUCAAUCCAGAAAAGAGUAUUGUGGAUUCAAACUUAGCUGCAGUUUCUCAUUACUCAUCACACUUGAUAUGAUUCCUGAUGCUUCAGUUGUUGUGUACUCGUUAAGUGAUGUCAAUCAAUUUACAUAUGGCGAAUUAAACGUCAAGCUUACUGUCCCAGGACAAGUCCGAAAGUCAGCAGUUACCACAAAGACAAAAUCGAACGUUGUCAUGGAGUUUGAAACUGAAAAGCAGUCAAAAGUUUACUUAAUGGCAUUUGACAAGCGAUUGACAUAUCUGAGGCAAGGCAAUGAAGUUACGAGACGUGAUAUUAUGGAUGAAGUUUCCAUUUAUGAGAACAAGCUUAAUGUUGACUUUGAGAAUUUAAAAGCAUGGCAUGACUGCACUAAAGAAGAGAUUAAUCGUGUUAAGACUGGAAGGAAAGCGAGCGUUCAACAUAAUACUGACUUUACAUCAGUCAACUCCGAGGACGAACUUCUUCGUGAAUAUUUCCCAGAAUCAUGGAUUUUUGAAGAAUUCGAUGUCGAAACUGGAUUAAAAAAGAAGAAUUUUAUCGUUCCAGACUCAAUAACAUCAUGGAUAGUGUCAGCCUUUGCAAUGCAUGAUAAAGUUGGAAUUGCAGUUGCAGACUCAACUGAAAUUACAGUAAAAAAUGAAUUUUUCGUCAAAAUAAUGAAACCAUUUUCUGUUCGCUUUAAGGAAGUUCUCGGAUUGAAUAUUCUUGUCUAUAAUUAUGCUGAAUCUAAAGAACCAUUGACUGUCACAGUGUCACUACACAAUCGAAAGAAGGAACUUCAAUUCGUAACUUACAAUAAAAUUGGAAAGUCAUGCAAUCCAAUAUUCCUUGACAGCGAGAUUCACACUGUAUCGAAUAUAGACGUUCCAUACAUGGGUGUUAAAAAAGUCACAAUUUUCAUUCGAUCGCAUCCGAACCUAGACAAUUUUGAGGGGCUUUACAAAAAUAUUACGCUGUCUUUAACUGCUCAAGGUGUGUCAAAAAGCAAAACUUACACAGACAAAGUCAAUAAAAAGUUAAAAGUUGAACGAUUUGGAGUUCGAGUUUAUAACUUACAUCCACAAUCAUUUCGACUUAUAAAGAAUAAGAAUCAAAUAUGGAAGCAUAUUGAUGCAGAAGUUGAUGUUGAGACAAAAGAGUAUUCAAAGAUAUCAGCGAUUGUAUACGAAUAUUGGGGCUACUUAGAGGACUACACAACAAAAUUUAAAGCAAACGUUGAGUACAUGCGAUACAUGAAAGCUAAAGGUUUAAAACCUCCAAAAGCCGUGAUCGAUUUUAGAUACCAAGCUGGCUACUGUGCCUGCUUUUUAGAUGCAAUUGCAUCUGGCAUGAAUAUUAAGGCUGUAACAAUGAACAAAGCUCUCAUCCAAACAGAUUUUUGUCGUUUAAAAGCUUUACAAGCCAGUGAUGGAUCAUUUUCAAAUUUUGGCAGAUAUCCGGAAAGAAAGUCCGGUGAAGCUGCAUCCAACAAGUACUUUGAAACUGCAUAUGUUCUAGUUUCGUUCCUUAAGUAUCGAGAUUAUUUUGAUCAGGAUUAUUUAAGUAUGAUUAAUAAAGCUUUUGGCUUCCUUGAUUCUCCAAGUAAUAAAAUCAGUCUUCAACCAGAAGCACAAUCAAUUGCUGCAUAUGCUUAUGCAUUAAAUAAAAACAUAGCCAAAGCUGAGGCACUGAUGUUGGAUGUUGAGAGAUUUGCAGUUAUCAAAGGCAGUAAAGGUUCAACUGAGAAAUGCUUUACAGCUACAAAAACCUCGAGUGUUUGUGAUAUGCGGCAUACUGCAUACUCAAUACUUGCAUAUCAUGCAAUGGCUCAGCCACAAAAAAUUAAGCCAUUGGUUCUUGGAAUUGUUAAAACUUUCUCAUUAGACAAAUCUUUUUCACAUGUUCAUGCUUAUUCUAUUGCUGCCCAAGCUAUAUCAACUGUGCUUAGUGAGUCAAAAGUGACUGAAGUCAGCAUGACAGUGAACCUUAAAAAUGAGUUUAAUUUUGACCAAACGAUAACAAUCAACAGUAAAAAUUCUUCAUCUGUUCAUGAGAUUUCAUUCCCAGACUACUCAAAAUUCGCUUACAUUUCAACCACUGGAACUGGAUUAUGCUCAGUCACAAUUGUUGUGGAAAAAAUGAUCAGAUCGCCGGUAUCAAAAUCAUAUUUCAGCUUAACGGUUGCAAGACAAGAGAAUCAAAAGCAAUUCACUCGUACUGAAUUCUGUUUUAAAUAUAUUGGAAUCGAUGGAACUCCUGAUGUCAACGAUAAUGUCCGAUUUGAGGUUGAAAUGCCAAGUGGCUACAUGUUCGAAGAGGUUGAGGACAAGCAGAGUAAAACAUUUAUUACGGAUGUAGACUCCAAGAGAAUGGAUACACUGGCUAUUAUUAAGUUUGGGACGAUUAAAAAGCUAUCAGAAUAUUGCUUCAUUACCAAAGCAAAACAAGUGUUUGAGGUUUUAAACCCUGUCGCAGCUGGUGUUAAGGUUUACGACUUUUCUGAAAAAGAUAGUGUCACGAUCGAUUUCUAUUCAGUAUCGGACCAGGAAUGUUAGAGAUUUAUAACAAACAUAAGAAAAUUAAAAUAAAUUUAUAAAAUAAAGAUUUUUUUGCGAAUAAAAUUUAAAUUUUAACAUCUUCUUUUCUAGCAGGUGCGUAGCCACAAGAGGAGGCAAGUGAUAAAUCCGCCCCUCCACCCUCCACCCACUCAAAUUCCUAGCCAUUCUCCUGUUUUCAGUAACCAUCGUCUCCUUCUUCAUCUCCAUUAUCAUUGGAUGAUGGAGGUUUUGAGGAUGAUGAUUCAGGUGGAGCUGCUUUUGGUUUAGUCACUCCGCUUAUUACUCCAUUAAUCCAGUCAGUAAAGCACGAGACCUUCAGAAGACCAGCUGCAAAUUGAAGAAUAAUGAUUUAGAUAAUGUUGGUAAAUUAAGGUCGCUGGGUGUCAGAAGUGCAAGUUUUGAACCAGUAAUGGGCAACCCACGUGACGCGGAACACUAGUGUGCCACAAAAAAUUCGAUAAUGACCAAGAACCGUGUGACAUUUCAGGCUUGACUUACCACCAAGGUGUACCGCUUCACAAAAAAGGUUGACCACCACUGGCUUAGACAUUCGAUAAUUAAUUAAUUAAGUAAAGCUAAAAUUUGAAGUUGAUUUUUCAGUCAAAAACCCUGCAUUUUUUUACCUUUCAAAAAUCCUAAGAUGAUCGACAAGGGAUGUCUUCAAUCUUUUUAAAAACAUCUAGUUGGUCUAUCAAAUAAGCUUACUUAAACAUUCUCACUUGGUUUACCAUCACCACACACGUCUGAACCGAACGAGACAAUGCCCGUUAGAUAAGUCUUAACUUCAUCUUCAUCAUCAGCACCAAUCUGACUAACAGCACCGCUACCUAAAUGAUUUGAGUUGUUUAAUUAUUGUGAAAAUUGAAGUUGGUGACUUGAAAAUCUUACCAGAAUCACCUUUGCUGUUUAAAAUUGACAAAUUGAACGAAACAAUUAACUUUUAUUUCAAAUAGUUUAAGUUGGUGGCUUGCCAACAUUUUAGAGACCUUACCAUGUUGCUAGACCUAUAAAAGACAUAGAAAAUAUUAUAAUUGAAGUUAAAUUUAAAAACUUCAAUUUUUACCAUUUUUUCCAGCACCACAAAUCUGUAAAAUAUUAAUAAUAUUCAUAUUAAACCUAUUAUUCUCGCUACCCGGAUGUCUAUCCCGAAUUACACAAGUCGGUUAAUCGAAUUUAAAUCCAGCACCAAGUUGACUUUCAUUAAAAUUGAGCACCAUGUCAGAAUCAAGCCUGGCUUAGUGCCAGAUUUCAUUUCAAUUAAUCGACUUGUGCCAUUCCGGUUACUUACAUGAUUUUUAGAGUCAUAAACCUUAUUCUGAAAAGCACUCAAGCACUUGCCAUGAUCAAAAAUUUUAAUGUCCAUGUUCUUCCUGACAACAGCAUUCACUUGAGUACUUGUUUCUCCUUCAGAAUAUUCAUCAUUAAUCUUCAAAAUCCAUAAAAAUUUCAAGUUAAUUUCUCACCAAAUCCGCUAAUCCUUAAAUCCUUUCCAGUAAAGUUGUCAUCACAUUUUUGAUCAGGCAACAAUGCACUACUUACAAUUUCAGAGACUCUUGGUGGUCUUUUGAGUGUGAUGACUGCAAUGUCAUAGUUAUGCUUACUAUUUGCUUCAUUUUUGUCAUAUUUUUCAUGGAUUUUUAAUGCUGCAGCUUUCGAUUUCACGACAUAAUCACAAACUUCAUCGCUAUUAUCUUCAUCACAAUCGGGAUCCAUGCUAAGUUUCCAUUCACCAAUGUAAAUGUGGAAGUGGGAUAGAUCACUACCGAACUCUUCGAGAUAAUAGUCAAAGCAAUGAGCA